AUGGCGCGACAUCCUAAGCCGCCCGCGUCCCCGUCCCUAUCCCCGCCGCCGUGCCCGCCCUCGGAGUCGGACCCCGGCAUCGGCUUCGACCCAAUCGAGGAGUGGCUCGUGGACUUCGACCCGGCCAUGUCGAGCGAGCUAGCGGCCAAGGGUCUCGGCCCCGCUGAGCAAGCGGCGGCGGUUCCGCAUACGCUGGUGGAGACUGCGGCGGAAAAGAGCUCCGAGCUCGAGUUUGGUGUGAAGGACGGGAAAGUAGAGGUGGUGAGCAGCGGCGGAUUGGACGAGCUGCUUGCCCCGGAUCAGCUACUGGUGUCGGGGAUUGGCGAUUUGGAUGUGAGAGAGGACAUUCCAGAGGGAGAGGGAGCGGUUGCUAUGGAGAUGGCUGCCGCACGGCCCGCGCCUGCUGAUGCUGAGAUGAAUACCACGGUGUGCGUGGAAGUGGAAUCGGAAGGUGGCAAGGAAGGGCAGGAGGCACCACCCGCACCUUCUGAUGCUGAGAUGAUGAAUACCACGGUGUCCGCGGAAGUACAACCGGAAGGUGGCAAGGAAAGGCAGGAGAGCAGCGAUGAAGAGUCGGAGUCAGAGAGCAGUGAGAAUGAUGAUGACAGCUCAUCGAAUGAGGCUUCCUCGAGCAGUGAAGAGGAGAAAGAGCAGGGGGUCCACAAGGAUGAGGAAUCGAGUGAAGCCUCAAGCAGCGAAGAGGAAGAACUUGGAGUUAAGAGGCAUGGUGGUAAGGCCGAUAACCUGGAGACCCUCCUUGAGGAAGGCGAGUUGAUGAUCGGGAGCCAUGAGGAGGAUGAGGAACAAAAGGGAGGCAUCAAGUCCAAAUAUGAAGCAGAGGUCCUUCCACCAGUCCCAAAAAUUGAAAUACAGUUGGAACCACAUCAUCAGACUCUUCCAGUAGGGACUAUUUCUGCUAUAAUGGGUGAGAGAGUAAUUGUUGAAGGUUCAGUCCAACACAACCCCUUGAAUGAGGGUUCAAUUCUCUGGAUAACAGAAAGGAGGACGCCACUUGGUAUAGUUGAUGAGUUGUUUGGACCUGUUAAGAACCCAUACUACCUUGUGCGGUACAACUCUGAGGAAGAGGUACCUGCUGGGAUCAGUGCAGGAACCAAUGUCUCUUUUGUAGCGGAGUUUGCUGAUCACAUCCUGAAUAUGAAGGAGCUCUAUGCAAAAGGCUACGAUGAAUCUGAUCCUGUAGACAAUGAUGAAGAAGAAGAUUUACCUAAUUUCUCUGAUGAUGAAAAGGAGGCUGAGUACAAACGGUCAUUACGUCAAGCAAAAAGGCAGACUGAUAGACAGCAUGAGCCUAUGAAGACUUCUUGUGAUAGGAAGAGAUCACAGUCUAGAGGUAGCGGAAUCCGGAAGCCCGUGCCGCCAAGGAACCUGGAUACAUCAACACCAGGUCACCAGCCACGGCCUCAUUUUCACCGCUCAGAUAUGGCUCCUGCAGGUGCUGAAAAUACAGCACGUUCAUUGGGUCCUCAAAAUGCACCUAUGUUUGCUCCAACCAUGCUGCCGUGUGGCCCAAUGAACCCUGCUGUGCCAUCACCUGUUCCUCUUGCAAAUCAGAUGGGUGGCUGCUUCAUGAAUCCGGCGCAGCAGCAGUUCUUACCGCAGCAGCCUAAUAUGGUUUGGCCUGGUGGAUUUCCACAGCCUCCUCAUCCGAACAUGGGGGUAGAUGGAGCCGCACUCGCUGCCAACAUCAUGCAGAACCUCCUCGCAGGAGCCAAACAAUUCCAGCAGCAGUUUCAGAACCCGAACUUCAGUGGCGCAGGAGCCAACCAAUUCCCGCAGCAGUUUCAGAACCCGAACUUCAGUGGCGCAGGAGCCAACCAAUUCCCGCAGCAGUUUCAGAACCAGAACUUCAGUGGCCCGGGAGCCAACGAAUUCCAGCAGCAGUUUCAGAACCAGAACUUCGGUGGCUUCCCAAACCAAAUGCCGAUGCCCUUUCCUCAGUUCAUGCACCAAACUGGAAUGCCUGCAAAUCCGAUGCCAUUCGGUGGCAGACCACCAGUGAACUCUCCAUUUGGUCCCACGCCUCAAGUGCCUAUGGGGCAAGGCAACUUUGGUCAGCCUCCAAAUUCACAAGGAUUUACAAAUCUGGCUCCACCCCGUGGAGAUGGGGAACAAGAUUCACCUCCGCAGUUCAGUUCUAGGCAGUUUCAUCAAGGGAGCCCGUCCUUUGGCCGGGGAAGGACGCAGCAGCGCGGACGGCAUUCCUCUGGCAGAGGUGGCAGAGGCAGCCGGCAUCGCAGAUAG